AGCAGGCGCCAGAAAGCAGUGUGUUGUCGCAAGUUGUGCAAUUUCUUCCUCAAAACUCAUGACUAUCGCCGUGGACUAGACAUGUGGCAAGUCUUCUAACUAAGGACAAGUUGAACAGACAUAUGUUCGAGCUAGGAAAGUUACUUGACUAAGCAGCCAUGCCCAAGAAAUUCAAGGGAGAGAACUCCAAAGCAGUAGAAGCAAGAGCCCGCAAAGACGCCCAAAAGCAGGCUGAGAAAGAUCAGAAGGAAAGAGAGAAAGAAGAUGCCCUGUGGCAAGAUGAUGACAAACACAUUGCAAGGAAACAGCAGAGGAAGGACGAGAAAGAGAAGAAACGUCUAGAGCAACAGGAGAAGAAGCAGCAGUUAAAACAACUGUAUGAUGAUGAAAUGUCACAGAUAAAGAGCAAGACCCUCACCCAGACCAGGCUGACGCGGGCGGAAAUUGAGGCCAACAGGCAGGCUGCAGCGGCUGCAGCAGGUACUGCUUCAAAACCCACACCUAGCCAUGAUGAACUGCCCCUAGAGGAAAAUGUGAACAGACUAGUGACAGAGGGAGAUGAGGCGAGGUCAGUGGAAGAGGCCAUUUCACUAUUAAGCACAAGAGACCCUGAAUUAGAAAAGCAUCCAGAGAAGCGAGUGAAGGCAGCCUAUCAAAAGUUUGAGGAGGAAAACUUACCACGGCUAAAACAGGAAAACCCAAAUAUGAGGCUUUCCCAGCUGAAACAGCUACUGAAGAAAGAUUGGAUGAAGUCCCCGGAGAAUCCACUCAACCAGAGACACAUCGCUUACAAUGCCAAAUGAACGGCUUAGUCAGAGACACAGCGUUUUAAUUCGGUUCUACAAACUGUCUAUAAAUGGUUCGUGGAAGUAAUCGGGAGAAUUCCAAGAACCGGAGUUAUGUACUCUUGACACUCGUUUCUUGCUAUUUGGUCAGGGAAGCAUGUAACUACCAUGCACGUAAUUACCAUGACGACGUAAUGCCUCCACUACUGGUCUCCGUGAUAGUUACGUGCAAGUAUGAACACCAUAACACCUUUGUGAAACUGAAAAUGGAGAUUCUCAUUGUUAAGACUGUUAGUUAGGCGAUGUGAUGAGAAAUGUGUAUGCACAGCUUUAAUACAUGAAUUAAAACUGUACACACGCCAUACUGAAAGUCUACUAGUGGCCCCGUACAAGGUCAGGAUUAAAGAAUGAUUGAGUGGACCAAUCCCAAGAGUUUCUGGAAAAAUCUUUCGUUUUUGUAUCUGGUAUGGGGUGGGGAUUGUGAUAUUUUUUAUGACAAAGUAAAUUCAUGUUUACAUGUCAAUUUA